AUGAAACUCCUUGUCAGCAUACUGACCUUGUCGCUGAGCACCCAUGCUCUUGCUUUCGAUUUCGCUCUAGCAGCUCCUAUCAAACGCAGUGAUCGUGCGACACCUACCAUAACCAAGACGAUCUACCACACGGAAGUGCGGAGACUGUCUACAAGCUUCAAGAACCACAAUGUUAGGAGCGGAAGCUUGGUGUCUGACGCCUCUGCAUCUAUCUCUGACGAGGACUUCGAGGCUAUGAACGGGGACACCGCGUCGUCCAUGGCAACAGCAUUCCUUUGGCCGAGGGGAGCAAGUGGACAGGCGCCUACGAUUACCCAACUACCUGUUACUGGCGUACCUGUGAGUUUUAACGCGAGGCAAGUCGGAUUCGUACAUUUCGACGACGACACCAAACGCGACGAGACUCUUCAUCCCGGAUCGACCAUCGUCAAUAAGAGAAACACCGACCUAUACCACAUCAAGAUCGAUCUCGCAUCUGAAGGCUACAUUUCAGUCUUCAUGUCCAACAGCACAGCCUCUGCGUUCUGCAAAAGCGAGGUAGAGCUGGACUCGGAGGGCGGGCCAAAAGGAGAAUUACAAGUGGCUGUUCGGAAUUCCACAAAGGUCGUGGCUAUACCUGUGCACCAAGAAGCGGCUGAUAGCUUCUGCCUCCAUUUCAAGAACGCGGAGGGUGUCGACAGUCCAAUGAGCGGCAAAGUUCCUGGGAGCGCAACAGCAACAGCCUCAGCAUCGGAAGGCACGACGUCGAAGGUCACACCCAGCGAGACAACGUCGGAGAGUGUGUCGAAGUCAUCUAAGCACGCGUCUACGGUGGUCACCGCUUCUGAGACUGACACUGAUGACUCGGCUUCAGCAACAUCCGCGACCUCGACCGGCAAGACCACAUCUUUGAACACCUUUGAUAUUACUCAUGAGAUAGAGACUUCGAAGUCCACAAAAUAUGUACCUGCGGAUGCAACGGCCUCCGAGUCAGGGUCUGCUACCAAUGAUGAAGGUACAGAUAUGACCGUGUCUAAGACAUCAAAAGCGGACGACAGCAGCAGUGGAUCCGAGGCAACAAAUUCUUCAAAGCACAAGUCCACGUCUGUAACGGCUUCGGAAAGUGACUUGGAUACUUCGGAAUCGGCAACCGACGUGUCCAGCAAGCACAUGACCAAAUCUACAGCAAGCGGAGCCGACGAAGAUUUGUCGAAGACGAUCGAAGCUUCAGGCACACCAACGGUAUCAAAAGCUGCAAACGCUGACCCUUCUGAGGCCGAAGAUAGCGGCUCACCUUCGACCAAGGUAAAGUCAAAGAUUUCCGAGGCUACUGAGACUGAGGAAAUCCCCGAAUCUGCAACAUCGGUCCAGGAGUAUCGGGGUCCAGCUGUAGACCCUGCAAACCCUGCUGACCUAGACACAUCCACCACGCCCAAGGCCACACCCGCCGCUGUUCCUGUUAGCACAACUACAGACGAACCUUUUACUGAACCAAGCAUAAACUCGUUUUACUCGUACAUAAAGAGCUUUGUGGAGACUGCUCCAGAUCUAGUCUCAGUUGCAGGUAGUACUGAUCAGGCUUCGAUAAAGACCACCGACUCUGCGAACGGGGCUUUGCGACGUGGAAUACUCAUAGCGCCAACGCCGGCCUUGAUAGGUUUCGGAGCUGAAACUAAUCGUCACUCGACAGAUAACAGCAUGACAUAUACCUCCGACUAUAGCUGGAAGGGUGCAGUCUCUACUGCUAUAGCUUCUACUACGGCGUCGAGUAACGCGGCGAUCGGUAGACUGAAACCACCUUCACUACUCUGGCGCAUGUGGUACCCCACGACUACUACCAAAGUCAUUCAUUCGAGAAGCUUCAGUGGGCCUGGUCAAGAGCCUGAGCAGGAAGACGAGGGGUUUUUCAAUAUCGAUGUAGAAGAUGAUGGGCCUACGAGGGUUAGUUCCGGUACUGAUGGAGUGGAAGAGGAGACGGCUAUUGCUACGAAGUUUGCGCAUAAGCAGGAGGAUAAAGAUGAGGAUGAUGAAGGAACCAAUGCGAAGGAUGGGGGCGAGGAAGAGGAGGAAGAGCUACCGGCUGAUGAGGAGACGGUACCUGACGAAGAAGGCGACAUUGGUGAAGGGGCGGCUGGAGAUGACGAGACGCCUACGUCUACGAAGAGCAAGGCGUCACAUACCAAGACUGCGGUAGACGAGGAAGAUGACAGUGCGCCUACCCCCGACACAUCUACGGAUGGCGAGGAGAAGGUCACAUCCACCAAGAAGAAACCUACAGGUACGGGUGAUGACACCAAACCCACUGCAACAGUGGUUGAAGACGUCGAAGAAAAGUCGACAUCCACCAAGAUGAAACCGGUAGAAGAUGACGACGAAGCUACACCAACUUUCACUUCAUCCAAAGAUGUCAAGCAAAAGGCAACGUCUUCAAAGACAAAACAUGCAGACGAUGACGAGGAAGCUACGUCCACUUCCAAAGCAACCGAUGACACCCCGCCUGCUGACGACGAAGGACCUGCUGAGAACAACGACGAAGAGUCCCAAGUCGAUACUUCCGCUGAUGACACCAUCACAAGCACAUCUCACAAGCCCAAGUCCACUAAACACGCGACGUCUGAAGCAGAUGGCGAUGCCGACGAGGAAUCUACCACGACUUCCAAAUCUAAAUCCAAAUCCUCCCACAAAUCCAAAACAACAAUCCCCUCCCUCGCAUCAGGCGUAUCCUUCGCCUUCCCCUCCACCAGCCCAAACGCCGCACCGCUUCCCACACCACUUGCUGCAUCCCCUCCUAUUCCAACGGGAGUAGCGCCCAUGCCAACACAACCCAUAAUCUGGGACCCAGACUGUCCACAGAUUUCCACAUCGACGUUAACGGCGGAGAAUGGGGUUACGACGGCGGUGCCGGUGACUGUGGGGGUGGGGUGUUGGCGCACUCUUCCCCCUCGCAAUGAGACAUCAGGAGCUAGCGAACACCUACUGAAGAGUAAAGCGUGGAACAUCCUGAGUGACAGGCAGAACGUGAAAUAUUUUCUAAACCACCUCCAAUUCCUCCACGGGGAAUGGCAUCUCGGCCGGAAGUUCGUGUGGUACAUCCUCAGUUUAGAGAUGCUGGGUAUAGGAAGGAGGUUAGUAGAACGAGCCGAGGAAGCGCAGAGGACAUGGGAGAAAGCGGAGAGGGAGAGGGAGAGAGUUGAACGGUUGGCUAGGCUGGGUGGGUGA